GCAACCACAUAAACUAUAUCACACUGUCUCACACUCACACGACCCACUACUCUCUCUCCCUUUCUUUUUUUUUUUCUCUCUCUCUCUCUCUGAAUCCACCGCAUUUGUCGGUGGCCAUGGAUUUCCGCAUCUGUGGCGUUUCAAAGCUACUGUUCGUCUCUUAUCUUUGUCUCUUCGCCGGAAUAUGCCUUGCAUUGCCUGAAUCUUCCAACCCCAGGUCGUCGGGUACCGGCCAGAUAAGCUCCAACUCGGUCCUCGUGGCUCUGCUGGACUCGCAUUACACGGAGUUGGCCGAGCUGGUCGAGAAGGCUAUGCUCUUGCAGACGCUGGAAGAGACCGUCGGCAAGCACAACAUCACCAUCUUCGCUCCCCGGAACGACGCUCUGGAGCGCGAUCUCGACCCGGAGUUCAAGCGCUUCUUGCUGGAGCCUGGAAAUCUCAAGUCGCUUCAGAAGCUCUUGAUGUUCCACGUAAUCCCCACCCGGAUCAGAUCCGAACACUGGCCUAGCGAGUCCGACUCGACGCGGAAGCACCAAACUCUCUCCAAUGACCAUCUCCGCCUGGCGCGUCCCGGCGGGGAAAGAACUGUGGAUCGCGCUAGGGUGAUCCACCCGGAUUCGGUGACCCGACCCGACGGUGUGAUCCAUGGAAUCGAACGGCUCCUGAUUCCCCAGUCCGUCCAGGACGACUUCAACAACCGUCGGAGCCUCCGUUCCAUCUCUGCCGUCAAACCCGAGGGAGCCCCAGAAGUCGACCCCAGGACGCAUCGCCUAAAAAAACCGGCACCGCCGGCCAAACCCGGUUCUCCUCCGGUUCUUCCGAUCUACGACGCUUUGGCGCCCGGACCCUCGCUGGCUCCGGCUCCGGCACCGGGACCCGGGGGUCCUCACCACCACUUCAACGGAGAGGCCCAGGUCAAGGACUUCAUCCAGACGCUCCUACACUACGGUGGGUACAACGAGAUGGCCGAUAUUUUGGUGAACCUGACCUCGUUGGCGACCGAGAUGGGCCGGUUGGUCUCGGAGGGGUACGUGCUGACCGUUCUGGCGCCGAACGACGAGGCCAUGGCUAAGCUGACGACGGACCAGCUGAGCGAACCAGGGGCGCCGGAGCAGAUAAUGUACUACCACCUGAUACCGGAGUACCAGACGGAGGAGAGCAUGUACAAUGCAGUGAGGAGGUUCGGGAAGGUGAAGUACGAUACGCUGCGUUUGCCGAAUAAGGUGUUGGCCCAGGAGGCGGACGGGUCGGUCAAGUUCGGGCAGGGUGACGGGUCGGCGUACUUGUUCGAUCCGGAUAUCUACACGGACGGUCGGAUCUCUGUGCAGGGGAUCGACGGGGUUUUGUUCCCGCUGGAGGAGUUGGAACUCAAGACGGCGGUGAAGACGAGUCAGCCCACCAAGGCCGUGGCCAAACCCAGGAGAGGAAAAUUGAUGGAGGUAGCAUGCCGAAUGCUCGGAACCUUUGGACAGGAUUCUCGGUUCAUCACUUGCCAAUAAAAUAUCCUUUGCACUCCUUUGGCCGACGGCACGAAAAGAAGAGACUAAAGGUUCAUAGAAAUGCGGAGGAUGUGAAAGUCAUGGAAUGUGAAGGAACCUGAUGGAGAUGCAUUUUUUUUUUUUGCCUU